CAGGAAGUUUGGUACUCUUGCAGAUGACAGAAUACUGGUGACUGUGGUGGGUCACACUGAAGGUCAGUGUAGCCCAGUGUUGUGUCUCCAGCAGAGGUCAAAAGCGGGUGCUUAGAGAGGAAUAUAAGAACAAAACAUGUAGUAUUUUUCCUUUGAGUGAGCAAAUACAUGCUGCCCAAAUGUUUUGACCAAUUCUACUUCAUUAUGGAUACUCUAUGCUAGCCCAAAUAACAAAACAUACUCAGUAAAUGCCGAAGAUAUAUGGUCAGGAAAACAAGGUCUUUCUUUUAGGAAUUGUUAAGUAAUGCUAUCUCUUUGAGGUUUUAUUCUUUAAAAAAUGAAUAUUCUAAAUUGGAACAAAUAACUUGAGUAGUUUAAAGAGGACCACCAUUUGCUUGAUGAAUUUCCCAAACUCUCAACAUGAAGAGAAAGGUAGGUCAAGACAGGUUGUGUUGGGAGAUGAAAUAAAAUAAGAGAUAAAGAGAUAAAAUAAGCUUCUUUGUAUUUCAGGAAGAUCAGGAAGUGUUACAGGAACUGCAAGAGACAUCAUCUAGCUGGUAGUCAGAAGAAACAACAGGAUUUUGCUGACCUCCUCAUUUGUACUUGUACCUGUUGGAAAAAAAAACUGAUUCUGAUUCAGAGGUUUCUCUGGGCCUGUCUUCUAUUAAUACAGCUGUUAUCUCUAUCUACAGCUUAGACAAAUUUGAGGGUAGUCUUUGAAGCAUAAGGAAAGUGAUGUGCUGUAGGAUGUGUCUGAACUUCUCGCCCUUGACAGAAAGAACAUAUUGUGUUAGUAUUUCUAAGUGUCAUUAGCUCUCUCAACAGAUCUGCUCUGGAAAUACUUCUGUCUGCAUUGGGUUUAUGAACUUGAAAAGGUACUUGGUUAAGAACUAUACUAUCAGGGUUUUUUCUUUCUGGAAGGAAAGACAAAAGAAAACAUUACGAUUCUCAUUCUAGACUCAGAUUAACAUCUAACUCCUCUCUCUCAUCAAUCUGCUAAAAUCCCAGGUGAAAGGUGCUUGAUAUAAAUAAAGCUUAUAGCAGAAAUUACAACAGGAGGAAAGAGAUCACUCUUGUCUAAGUAGUGGCUAUGUGUCUGGAGAGGUUUAACAAGACCACAAGCAGAGAUCAUCAGGUCUUGGCAAUAGUAGUCAGAGGAUCAGUCUUAAUUGUGAGACACAGCUAACCUUCAGAACAUGCCCAGAUUUGGCAAUUUUACCAAAGUACACAGAUAACAUAAUACGUAUUUAAACCAUUCAAACAUGUCCUUCUAUCUUUGAUACAAAACAGCUCCCACCCACUUGACGUUACAGACCAAGUGAUUCAGAUCUAUUGGCUCUUGGUUGUGGAAAAAUCUGCCUUGAGGUCAGUUGUGGUUCAUACCACAAGCAGCCAUCCUUUCUUUACUCUGCCUAACUUCUGCCUGCUAUUUUAAAUGGACACAAUAUCCUUACUUUCAGCUGUAUUUGACUAAGGGUCUGCAUAGAGUCAUAUGCAAAGUAUAAGGACCUCUGAAUGCUGUGUAUGUGCAGGAGCCUGUCUGUGAAAGCUGGCCCCUGUUGGGUCUAAGCAGAAGGUAAAGGAGGUGGCUGUGACUCAAAAUCCAGGAUUGGGAAAUACAGAGAGAGAGCCUAGAGGAGUCCAUUGCUGCCACACUGAUGGUAAUCCUGUGUGAAUACCUUCCCACCUGCUGGAAAGCAGAAAAUUGUAGCAGCCCAGAAAAUGUUUGAGAUGUGUCAGAACUUCUGAGUUCUGCCGUGUCCCUGAACAUCUUUCCUGAAACUGGAGGAGGUUUUUUUCCCUGCCCCCCCAUUUCCUGUAUAUAACAAUCAGACUUUAGUAAUUGCAACUUUUCUUUUAAUUUUCUGAGUUACAAGCCCACAUGAGGCCUUUCGGAUUCAUUAUGCAUUAACCAGUGUGUAUCUGGGGAUGAAUAAUGUUCCAUCUUACUUUCUUUUUUCCCCUUGCUCUGAACGGUUGUUUUUUAACAGAAAUGCCUUUUUCCUUUCGAGAACUCUCAGAAAUAUGUUCCUUUAAGAACCUCCUACAUGGUAUGUAUUUGCAGUUUGUAAACACAGUAUGUCAAAGAAUGAUUUGAUUCAGUGGUGAGGCAGCCAGAUAUUUGCAUGUCAUGAGGUCUUAGGGAAACAAACUGACCCUCAGCCUUCCCUCAUCCAGGCAAAUUCUGAUGGGACCCUCAAAUAGCUCUGGCAAAGUGUUCUGUUUCUUUUGGACUUGAUGAAUGCUUUUUUCUGUAUAGACAUGUAAUUAUUUCUUCCUUUAUUUUGUCCCACAAGUUACCAAGAGAAGCAGCUUAAAACUAAAUAUCACGUGGGGGGCUCCAGCAGGAUGACCAGCAGUCACACAGACUGUCAUUUCUGCCUGCAGUCUCUCCGUGGCAGGAAAUAUGCACUAAGAGAUGAAAAUGCUUACUGCGUUCCGUGUUAUGACAGCCUGUACGCCAACCCCUGUGAAGAGUGCAAGCAACCCAUUGAGUGCAGCUCCAAGGAUCUGGCCUACAAAGGCCGUCACUGGCAUGAGGGGUGCUUCAGGUGUGCCAAGUGCAGUCGCUCACUUGUGGAGAAACCAUUUGCUGCCAAGGACGAGGUCUUGCUGUGUACUGACUGCUACUCCGAUGAGUACUCAUCCAAGUGUUUUCACUGCCAGAAAACCAUUAUGCCUGGUUCACGUAAAAUGGAAUUUAAGGGAAGUUCCUGGCAUGAAUCCUGUUUCGUUUGCCAGUAUUGUCGGCAACCAUUGGGAACAAGACCAUUAAUCACCAAAGACAAUGAGAAUUACUGUGUGCCCUGUUUUGAGAAGCAAUUUGCUCACCAUUGCUAUGCUUGCAAAAAGGUUAUAACUUCUGGAGGAGUGACCUACCAUGACCAGCCUUGGCAUAAAGAGUGCUUUGUGUGUGCUGUGUGUAAAACUCAGCUGUCUAGGCAAAGAUUCAUUUCCAAAGAUGAGUACCCAUACUGCGUAGACUGUUUCAGCAAAUUUUAUGCCAAUAAGUGUGCUGCUUGCAAGAAACCUGUUACAGCUCUUGGAGGUGCCAAAUACAUCUCAUUUGAGGAGCGUCAGUGGCACGGGGAAUGCUUUAACUGCGUGAAAUGCUCUGUCUCCCUGGUGGGCCAGGAAUUCCUCACUCGGCAGGAUGACAUCCUUUGCCACAAAUGCGGCUCAGCUUCAUAGUUCUGUGGAAAGCUGUGCAGCUGUACAGCUUCACUAUUCCCACUCUGCUGUAAGAAAACCAGAUAAGAGGCACUACAGUUAUUUAGUCAUUGAAGUAAUUUUGCAACAGCAGUUUAACUCCGUCCUAGCUCUCAACUGCUUAUAAACAAAAAUUAAACAACCACCCCAUAGUGCUUAAUAAAACAAUGCAGAUAGGAUUUGUAUAUAUUUUAAGCCUAA